CGCCUGUAGUCUAAUUCGGGCUCGUUCAUUCGUUGGAAUCCGUUGUGUUCGAUUCAGAGUCCAUUAUAUUCUUAAGUUAUUCCAGCCAACUUUGAAAUGGGAAACGUUUUUGCCACCCUGUUCAAAGGCCUCUUUGGCAAAAAGGAAAUGAGAAUAUUGAUGGUUGGACUCGACGCAGCUGGUAAAACCACAAUCCUCUACAAACUCAAGUUGGGUGAAAUUGUCACAACCAUUCCCACUAUUGGUUUCAAUGUAGAAACAGUUGAAUACAAAAACAUAUCUUUCACUGUUUGGGAUGUUGGUGGUCAGGACAAAAUUCGUCCCUUGUGGCGGCAUUAUUUCCAAAACACACAAGGCCUCAUCUUUGUGGUUGAUUCUAACGAUCGAGAACGUAUCGGUGAAGCCAGAGAAGAGUUGAUGAGGAUGUUAGCGGAAGAUGAACUGCGUGAAGCCGUGUUGCUCAUCUUUGCCAACAAACAAGAUUUACCGAAUGCGAUGAACGCUGCCGAAAUCACAGACAAACUUGGGCUCCAUUCUCUACGCAAUCGCAACUGGUACAUCCAAGCCACUUGUGCCACUAGCGGCGACGGACUUUAUGAAGGACUUGACUGGCUUUCAAAUCAACUGAAGAAUGCAUCGCGCUAAACGACAAGAUUUUCAAAAUUCAUAUUUUUCAGCUCUAGUAAUCCUUGCCUCUUGGCCUCCUUCGCCACUUCCACCUUUUCAUAUUCUUUGCCCCCUUCCCAUCGAGAGUAAGAAAACAUGAAGGCGAAACCCUUCUGAUCCUACUUGAGGAUUCCCUCUCGCUGCUCUUACAAGGGACAUUCCUGGUUUAUUCAUUUCAGAUGAUCAUUUCUUUUUCUCUUUAAAAAAAAACGGAAACAAGCUUUUUUUCUAAUGUUCGUAAUCGGUUUAUUAGCACUUGAGGCAAGGACUUCUGUAUAUUGAGAACCAAAAAGGCGAUUAAAAGAAGCAGCGGUACUGAAGAACAAGUGUUGCCACCUUUUGUUUCUGUUUUUCCGUGUGCUACAGUUAGGCCCUCAUCAUGUCCCAUCUUUUCAUCCCCUUCUAUUUUAAAUCUAAAUUUGUCUUGUGCAAAAAAAAGGUAAAAUCUUUAGUAAGCCAGCAAACAAAAUCGAUACCAACGAUGAAACAGUCCCCUUCUGUUUUUUUUUCUGUUUUUUUCCAUUUUGUUGUUUCCUCCUCUAUAUUGGUCAUCUUUUUCAGUUUAUCGUGGAAAAGAUUUUGGAAAAGAAAAAUGGGGACGAGAACAUCGCGAGUUUCUCUCAGUGUGCUGGGUGAUUCCAGCUGGAUAUGUGCUGUUUGUUGCAUACAAGGCAAUACACAUCUGCCCAGCCGUUUA